UUAUUGUAUCAACAAUAACUGUAAUAACUAUGGUAUUUUGAUGGCAACUAUGGUAACCUUUUGUAAGGGGAGUCUUUUUGACAUCCAAAGUUCCAAUGUUCAAAGGGACAUUUUUGUACUGUAAAGUCCUUGCUUACAUCUUGCUUAUCAUAGUUUUGUGUUUUUCUGACUAAGGACAGAAAAAAAAAAAAAACAGUCAAAGAGGUACCAUCCAAACCUCAGAGAGUUUUAUGACGUUGGAGGUCAUGUUAGACUAAUCUGGUGGUCAUCCCUGAGAGAAACCUCACUCUAGCCUAUAGGAUUAGAGAGAGAGAGAGAGUGAAGAGGCUUUAUUUAUUCUUGGAGAAUAUCAUCUUCCUUUCCACUGGAGAAACUGACCCAAGUAUGGAGCUAGGAAAAGCCAAGCUUCUGAGAACAGGCUUGAAUACUUUGCACCAAGCCAUUCACCCCGUACAUGGAAUAGCCUGGACGGAUGGUAAACAGGUUUGUCUCACGUCUUUGUAUUCGCUUGAUGGCGAGCCUAAAUUUGGCGACACAAAUGUCAUUGGACAGUUUGAACACGUCUUGGGACUCUUUUGGGGGCCCCUAUGCUGUUCCGGGUCCCCAGCUUUGCUUGCCGUACAGCAUAAGAAGCACAUUACGGUAUGGCAACUUCAGCUAAGCGCUUUGGAACAGAAUAAACUCUUGUGCACGCAAACGUGCGAGAUGAGCGAACCGUUCCCACUUUUGUUCCAGGGAUGUGUCUGGCAUCCCAAAAUGGACAUUUUAGCUGUGUUGACCAAGCGGGACACCUCUGUCCUGUUUUCUGUGCGGAUUGAUAAUCGUCGGGUGAAAGCUGACAUCAAGGGCAGCGGCCUGAUCCAUUGUGCCUGUUGGACUAAAGAUGGAACCCGACUUGUGGUUGCCAUUGGUAGCGCGUUGCACUCAUACAUUUGGAAUGAUAUCCAAAAAAGCCUGGUGGCAUGUUCCUUCUGCCCCAUUUUUGACAUAGGUGGCUAUAUUUGUGCCAUAGAGUCCACAAACGAGGCACAGGUUGCUGUAGCUACAGAGCUUCCUCUUGAUAAACUUUGUGGGCUCAAUGCAGGCACCACCUUUGACUUACUGAACGAUUCUGAACCAUCACCGUCCUGCCAAGCUCCUGUUCUGAUGGUGGAUGCAGACAAUUAUUUGGACUCUCGGAGGAGGUCAUGUGAUUCAGAGCGUUCAGGACAUGCCUCGUCGGCCGGACCCAUAGAUCUAAUGCACAUUCUCGCCAAACACAGAAAAUCAGACCCAAGCCCACUCAUUCACUUGAGGCGUCAAGAUCAUUCGACCGCGUCAGGUCAGGACUCGUCGCAUCUAAUUUUGGUGACAUACGAACGCAAGGUCACCACCACGAGAAAAGUCAGCAUCCCUGGCAUCUUGGUUCCUGACAUCAUUGCCUUUGACCAAAGUGGAAGCACUGUGGCCGUGGCCUCCAACACUUGCAACAUGAUCCUGGUUUACUGCAUCACAGAUUCUUCCAUGCCCAAUGUCCAACAGAUCCAGUUGCAGAAGAACGAGAGGCCCAAAGGGGUGUGCUUUUUCACCAAUAAGAUGCUGCUCUUCAUGAUUGGCCGGCAGAAGUCUAAUGAUCCAACUUUCCUCCCCUCCACCAACACAGACAAGUACAUCUUGAGGCUGAUGACUAAAGAGCUGGUAUUCGACGAGGAAGCUGCCACCCCAGUGGUUCCCAAGCAGGAGUCGCCAAGCCAGCAUCAUGGGAUUAGGCGACAUUCUGAGAACUUCUCCAAAGAGGACUAUCUAUCAAUUAAGGAUCUAAUUCUUCCAGGAGGCUCUGUGAUUGCUUCACCAACCAGUAGGAGGAAACUAAUUGAGGAAGUUCGUAGCUCAGAAAUGAGCCCUGUGGCGAGCUCGGCUGACUUCUCGGACAGAGCUGCAUCUAGUGCCUCCUCUGUUACUCUGGAAACCUAUGAAAUGGAUCACACCAUCCAUAUGGCCACGCUAGCCGUAGCAAGUCAGACCAGCCGCGAUUCAAGUCGACCGUGUUCGCCCAGGUACGAGGCCUCGGACAAAUUUUACUCCGAUGCCACACCGCCAAAGAACAGCUGCCAAUCCAAAGACAAGAAAGUGGAGCAGCUAACGCAGAAUAUGGAGAGUAUAUUUGCACGCUUUGCAGACGUCCAGCAGUGCCUCUCAGAAAUCAGAAACUUCACCCAAAAUGGCAAGAAGAUGACAUGCAAUUAUCCAUCUGCUUGUGAACCACAAUAUGUGUACAUAACAUGUCAGUCUCUCUCUCCAGAAACAGUUGUCAGAGAAUGUGUAUACAGACGAAAGAAGACCUCUGCUCUUGUGUGGGGGCCGGAUCUGUCUACGUGUAGUGCAGGAACUCUUCGGCCUGACGGUUGUGGAGAUGAUGCAUGACUCUGGUGCGACAAUUCAAGACGCAUAUUAUUGCAUGGAUUAACUGAUAUUAUGCAUGAAAAUUUGGAUAAGAGUUGCUGCCAUUUCACACUGUGAGAAGCACCUUACAAUUUCUAAGGUAACUUGAACGUGUCUUUGCCAAAACCCUAUUUUAAUAAGGAGCAGAUGGGAUCAAUUAAAAUUAGAUUGUGUGCAGAUUUUGUUUUCCUUUGUUGAGGACAGUUAGUUCAGUGUGCUUUGGCUUCGUUUUAAUUGUCAGUGACGAAAAUAGGAAGCGAUUAUGAGGUGCAAUCGGAUUAAAGGGUUUUAGUUUGAAUCAGCUUACAGCCUUUUGUGUUGGGGUCUCUACAGCUGAUAUAUGCUCGAUCUGCUGUAACCCUCACAUUUAUGCUAAGACCUUUUUGAAUUAUUGAACAUUUCAUCCCAUAGGAAAGACAAAAAUGCAAAUGAGUUCUCUUUAAUACCUCAGUUGUUUCUCUUAGACAGUAAUGAAGUUAAAUGAAGAACAAAUGGAGACUUUGAAAGUCUCGAGCCCGUUCACACAUGCAGCGACUAGCUGGCGACUUCAGGCAACAUGAGUGACAGCGACGAGAUGUGGGCAUGUCCAGCGCCUUCAGAAAGUUAAGACAAGUUCAACUUUAUGCAAACCAGGAGUGACUUUUGGGAACAACAACCAAUAGGAGUAAAAAUGGUGCAAGUGGAGCUCACAUCAUCCAUCUCCUAUGAGAUAAUGCGGACAAGACGGAGAAGUUAAAGUGUCUGUGCACGAUUUCACUGUUCUAAAUAAAUUUUUCUGCAGAAACGCACCAAGCUCCUCAUCCUCCCCGUACGGCAAUUGUAAGCUAGGGCAGUUCCCGCCAACCUCCCAUCCACAGGACAGCAACAAAAGGGCCCCACAUUCUGUACCUCGUCCUGGGCCACGCCCCAAUAAUAACUAUAAUAUAUUAUGCAUAGAAAUAAUUAUGUAUAGAAAAGAAUUUGUAGGCAGUCUGAGUGAGUUUUAUUUGUACAUUGAUAGUUUGUUCAUUUUGUUUUUAAAAUGAUGCAAUGAGCACUGCUGCAGUUUAUAUGAAAACACUCUCUCCUGCAGAAUGCUCAUUUUGGUUCUGAUUAAAAAAGGAUUAGAAUUAUAUCUUAGUUUUACCGGCAAUAUGUCCAGGUCUUACCAGACGUACAGUCCACCAAUAACGUUAGAGCAACAGCAGUAGGAACGCCCACUAGCAACUUCACAGUACAGAUGCUAGUGACUUCCAGCGAUAAAGACAACAUGUGUGAACAGGGCUUAAGACUCUAGUAAUCAUACAUAAACUCACUGAGAACUUUAUUAGGAACACCUGUACACCUACUUGUUCAUGCGAUUAUCUAAACAGCCAAUCGUGUGGCAGCAGUGCAUAAAAUCAUGCAGAUACAGGUCAGGAGCUUCAGUGAAUGUUCACAUCAACCUUCAAAAUGGGGAAAAAAUGUGGUCUCAGUGAUUUCGACCAUGAUUGUUGGUGCCAGUCGGGCUGGUUUGAGUAUUUCUGUAACUGCUGAUCACCUGGGAUUUUCACACACAACAGUCUCUAGAGUUUACUCAGAAUGGCGCCAAAAGCAAAAAACAUCCACUGAGUGUCAGUUCUGCGGACAGAAACGCCUUGUUGAUGAGAGAGGUCAACGGAGAAUGGCCAGACUGGUUCGAGCUGACAGAAAGGCUACAGUAACUCAGAUAACCACUCUGUACAAUUGUGGUGAGAAGAAUAGCAUUUCAAAAUGCACAACACGUCGAACCUUGAGACGUUUAGGCUACAACAGCAGAAGACCAUGUCGGGCACUUUAUUAGGACCAUAGUGUUCCCAAUAAAGUUCUCAGUGAGUGUUUGUUUCCUGUAGAGUUUCAGAAGACAUAUCAGCUAUGUCUAAGACUGUUCAGAUUUGCCAAGAUACCAAAGUCUGCAAUUAAGAGUUAGAGAUUUCAAUACGAACUCAAAAUUUUUCAUCAAAUCAUUUUAAAACCAGGUGAUUAGAGCUAUGUUAUCCACAUUCAUUUUAUAGCUCUAUACUCUUACUGUAUGUCAACAGUUUUCUCAUUUGUGUCUAUAGGGAAAAUAUCUAAGACAAUGUUCAUAAUUAAAUUUAACUGAAAUCUUAAUGAAUUCUCCUGAACUAUGAAAGUGCAACCUCUGAGCAAUAAAUUUUACUUGAGGAUGUGCUAAUUGAUUGACUAUCGUUUUCUUCUU